AUGUCUGCUGCGAUUAACAACAACAACCUCCCCACACAGACCUCGAAGAAGAAGCGUGCUAAGAACGAGGUUUCUGCCAACGUGUCUGUUUCUACUCCUACACCUUCAAACCCCGAUAUUGAUGCCAAAGCCGACUCUAUUGUCAAUGGCGCCACUGAAGACGAGACGGGCAUAAUCAAGGAGUUGCAACGCAACUUGCGCAAUGCAACCAAGAAACUGAACGCCACCGCCAAAGUUGACAGCAUAAUCGCAGAAAACUCCGGGAAAUCACUCGAUGAGCUCGUGGCCGAAAAGAAGAUCAACGCGGACCAGAAAGCCCAAGCCUUGAAAAAGCCCGCACUACAAGCCCAGGUCGCACAGAUUGAGGAACAGAUCACCCAGUACAAGCAAUUUGCCGCGCAUUACGAGGAACGCCUGAUCAGCCAGAAGACGUCAUUGGAGACCGCACAUAAACAGGAACUUGAUGCUGCUCGUGAGAAAGCUCUUGCAGAGGCCAAGGAAUCUCAAGAGACCAGCGUUCGUGGGCAGUUGCUGACUUUGAGUCAAUUCCUGCGCUCUGCAGCGUCUUUCAGGCGAGCGGGUGAUGCUGAAUCGGCUGAAAGCCAGGCUUUUGAGGGAGUGCUGCUGCAGGUGUAUGGUGGUAACCAGGAUGCUGUUGAGUCGAUGUUGAAGUUGAUCAGUGGCGCUGAUGACAAGGUCGUGGGUGUCGAUGGUCAGGUUUUGGAUGUGACCUACGCCAAGGUGAAAGACCUUUCCGUGGAGCAGGUCGCUGCAGCUCCAGCCGCCGUUGAAGAGACCUCCGCUACUGAGACCAAUACUGUCACUGACCCAACGAUCGCCAAUGCGGGUCUCACUGAGCUUCAGGACACCUCCGUGUCUGCUGCGGUGGAUAUCACUCAGGCAGCACAAGCCACAGAACCUGCCAUUGCUCCAACUCAGACUUCAGCAGGAGACGGAGCUAAUCCGGUGGCAGAGUCCAGCUGGGAACCCCAAGCAUCCGGUACUCUGGCCGCUGACGAAUGGGUUGAGGUGCCACGUCCGGCUGAGGGUGAGGCGGAGUCACCAUCAACUACGGCCGCAGCUCAGGGCUCUACUAGCUGGGCCGAGGAUAUUCCAAGUGGAGCUGCGCCUGCUGAGGGCGAUGGCUUCGAGCAGGUUGUUCAUCAUCAGCGUCAGAAUAGUGUGCGUGGACGAGGCGGUCGUGGCCGUGGCCGUGGCGAUAAUUUCCGAGGCCGGGGUGGACGGGGUGACUUCCGUGGCCGUGGCCGUGGUGGGCGCGGCGGUGAACGUGGUGAAUUUAAAAGUGGACGCGGUCGUGGUGGACUUGGACAGCAGGGUAAUCGCCAAGCUGUUGCAACCAAUUAAUCAUUCAACAGAAUUGGUCUCAUGAGAUGAGCCAAUUCCAGAUGCGAAAGCUGUUGCAAGCGAUUAGCUAUUGCAUAUUUCACGAUCUCUCGUUCAUCGAGCCUUGCGUGGCAUUUUCCACUUCGACACGACGCAUAUCCAUCACUUCAGUCCAUCGAACCCAAGCUAUUCCCUUCCCUAUCAGCUUCAACGUUUAUUUCCCUUCUUCUUGUAUGUCUUAUAUAUUCUCCUGGG